AUGCCAGUAGCAUCAAGAAGACAACUCCCACCCGGCAUAAGGCGAUCCCCACAAGGCAUAAGACAAACUUCAACCGUCAUAAGGCAACCUUCAACAGGCAUGCGAGUCGUCGAAUCAGUACCGGUCGAUGGACUCUUCAAUAUGGUCGAACAAGUGAAUAAAGUUUUCUUUCUCUCCAAAUGUGUCGAUUACCCCAACUUCCCCACUACACCCAACGGUGAUAAGAUCCAAUACUUAGAACCCAUGCAAACCACCACUGGAAGGAUUGUCAAUAGUUUUGGACAAAUCGUACCUGCUUUCAGACGUCCGAUUUUGAUUUCAGGUCCAACUGGAUGUUUACCUGGUUCAUUUGAUGCUAGAAUGUGUAACUUUAGAGGAGAUAUCGUCUCUGUAGAUCCCACUAAAAAGGAUAUCCAGGUUACUUGUAAUGGUCCACCACAUUUUCAACUAACCAGUUCUAUACCACCUAAAAAAGUCAUCAAAAGCAAACCACCAGUAGAUCUUAGUGAUAGAAGUUACGGAAAUGAUGCAAACGCAAUCGCUUCAAGUAGUUCAACCAAAAUUAAACCUCGAAAAACCAAAAAGAAAUCAAUGAAUCAUACAUCAAUGAUACCUAGAUUCGAAAUUGAUAAUGAAUCGAUCGGUAAAGGUAAAGCGCCUGUUCGUGGUCAAGGGAAAUGUACUUGUAAGGUAUGA